UCGAAUUAGGGUCUAGGACUGUCAAAAAGUUGUUUAUCGUAUUGCGGGGUUUUCUACGCGCCCACUUCAGUUUCUUGGCUUACCGCGUGUUUCGCAACUUCUGUAGAGUCGUGGGCAAUGUUAUUACCAAUCGCAACUCGGAAUAGCAUAUUUGAGAAGGUCAUUCAGGAUGGCGUGUUGACAGCAAGAAAUGAUACUCGUCCGUGUUAUAAUCACCCCACAAUCAAUGUCCGUAACCUCUUCGUAAUCAAAACAAUGCGAUCACUAAAAUCUCGUGGUUACGUUCGCGAGCAAUAUGCUUGGAGAACAUAUUACUGGUUCCUCACAACUGAUGGAAUUAACUAUCUACGUGAGGUUUUGCACCUUCCAUCUGAUAUCAUUCCAGCGACGUUGAAAGCACCACCCAGGGAUGUUCGUGCACCGGCUCCAGGUAUGGAUCAAGGAGGACAACGUGGUCCGUCUGAUGGUCGUGUAGCAUUCAGACGAGGUCCAGUCGCUUCUGGCAUGGGUGGAUUCGGCACCCCUGGAAAAGAAGCAGCGAUUGGUGACAGUGAAGUUCAGUUCAGAGGAGGUUAUGGUAGGGGUCGGCCCAUGUAAACACCUGAAUACAUAAAUGUCGGAAAUAAACAUGGAGUUUUAACACUUGUUAAUGACGCCUCAGACGGUACAUGCAUUAAUUUUGGUGUUAUGAUGUUAUUUGGUUAAAAGUUUGGUGAAUGUUUUGUGCUGCGUACGUCUGAAAGGUAGUAAUCCGGAACUUACUGUCUGUCUGUGAUAGCCUAUCAAGGGGAAGGGUUCAUUAGUUGGGAAACAAGUGCUACCUUCGAAGAUGGGUUCAUUAUGUGAGUCAGCUAUGAUCAAUCCAUUUACCCUCCCAUAGGCUUGACCAGAAGAUGAAAGUAAGGGGUGAGGUAAUCAGUCUCUAGUCUUCUCGAUUCCUGACGGCUGGUUUCUUAGCAUCCUAAGUUUACUCCCACGUGUUCAGCUCGCUAGACAUCUUCAGAUUAAACUGUCGGUCUUUUUGUGAGCACUUUGGGAAUAAUAUGGUCGAACCUCAUAAUUCAGCACUAUAUUAGAUGUACUUGGUGAGAGCAUGGUCGAGU